AUGAAGGCAGCCUUCGCUUUACUGGCUUUGGCCACUUCGACUUUCGCUCAAGGCAUUCAGGAAAGAUGGUACUCGAGUCCUCCUGAAUAUUCAAGCCCUCCUGGGUAUCCUGUGGAGACUGAUACUACUACUUGGACUACCUAUACUUCAACUACAAUCUGUCCGGUCACCUCCACAACAACCGAGAAAGGAACAACAAAAUGGGUCACCAGUAUCGCAACAUCAACUGUAGUCGUUACUAGCUGUGUUGGAGGCUGCGGAGGAGUUUUUACUGUCCCAGGUCCUACUGUUGUCCCCACAACUAUCGUCAAUACGGUUACUGCACCACCUCAAACCACUGCUGUUGAAACUGCUGUUGUCGAGACAAUUACUAGCUUAUGUCCUAUCACCGAAACCACAACUAUUUCUGGAAAAGAAGUGACAGUCACUUAUACGACGACAUCCUUUUAUACAACCCACGUUCCAACAUAUGUUGAAGCUACAGCAACUGCCCCUGGCAAAACCGAGACUGCUGUAACUGAAGUUGUCUCCACAGUCACAAGUCUCUGUCCAUGCCGUCACUCAUUGCUGGGUCUACAAUCACAAGGGGGUUGCCCAGUAACAGAAACAAAGACUAUCUCAGGAAAUGUGGUAACUGUCACUUACACAACUACUUCAUUCAUUGUUACAAAUGUUGGAACUACUGUGGAAGUACAAACUACCCUUCCGGAGAAGACCAAGACUAUUGAAACUGGAGUCCUUCAAACUAUCACAAGCCUUUGCCCAGUCACAGAAACAAAGACUAUUUCAGGAAAUCUGGUAACUGUCACUUAUACAACUACUUCAUUCAUCGUCACAAAUGUUGGAACUACUGUAGAGGUACAAACUACUCUCCCAGCAAAGACCAAAACUGUUGAAACUGGAGUUCUUCAAACUAUCACAAGCCUUUGUCCAGUCACUGAAAUCCAAACAAUCUCCGGAAUCGAAUAUACUGUUACAAAGACGACAACUAGCCUCAUUGUCACUAACGUAUAUCCUACUGAAUAUUCGAAAACCACUUUACCGGCGCAAACUAAAACUGUUGAAACCGGAGUCGCUCAAACCAUCACAAGUGUUUUCCCAGUUACUGAAGUUCAAACAAUCUCUGGUAUCCAAUAUACUACUACGAAAACAAAGACUAGUCUCAUCGUAACUAACGCAUAUGUUACUGAUUAUUCGAAAACUACUUUGCCAGGAGAAACCAAGACAAUCGAAACAUACGUCUACCAGACUUCUACUAGCUUGUGCCCAGUUACCGAAGUUCAAACAGUUUCUGGUGUUCCAAUCACAAAAGUAUAUACCAGUACAAUCGUCACCCAGAUCCAGGUUCCUACAACUAUUUUCCAAUACAUCAUCCUAACAGCCACAAAAACAAACAUUAUCAAAGUAACUGCCGUCCAAACUCUAACUUCUACUCUGCCCGCUGCAACCGGCGAAACUACCAUUUACAUCCCCACAACCGCAUCCAACAUCAUCGAAACAAUCGCCAUCGUCACCAUCCCCUCCAUCAUCAAAACCGUCACAAUCCCAACUACCUACUGGGCAAACACAACACACAUUCACACAUCCACCUAUAUCCAACCUAGUACUCUCACCGUCCCAGCUCAAAUUACUAGUUACUACGUACAACCUACCACACGUGUAGAGACUGAAACUGCAGCGAGUAGUGUACAAGCGACGAGUGUGGCGCCUAGUGCGCCUGUUGAGGCGAAUGUGGCGGGGAGGAAUUCGAAGAUGCAGGGUUGGUAUUUUUCGGUGGUGAUGGGGGUUUUGGUGGGGGUUUGGGUGGGGCUGUGGUAG